GGCGUGAAUAGACAUGAGAACUGUUUGAAAUUCGUUUGACCAUUAAAAUACAAACCAAAAAUAUAGCUCCAGAUAAUUUAAAAAAAUAUUAAUUAUUAAAAAGCUAGUUCCGAUUGAUUACAGUAUUAAGCUAUUGAAGAUAAAAAUGAUUGUUUUUGUGUUUAAUUUUAUGUUCGCUCUUUGCAUUAUCCUUAUAACCAUUUCUUACUCAAUUUUGGUUUUGAAAUGCAAACAAAAAGCAUGUGUAUCAAUCGGUAUUUCGUACAAAGGAAAAGAAAUUCAAAAGUUUGACCAAGCACCAGGUCCACAACCCUGGCCAAUAAUCGGAAAUUUGGAUUUACUCGGUCGAUUUCAAUAUAACCCCUUCGAAGGUUUUGGGGCAUUAACAAAAAAAUAUGGUGACAUUUACUCCAUUACUCUCGGACAUACACGGUGCUUAGUAGUAAAUAAUGUCGAUUUAAUAAAAGAAGUCUUAACUAAAAAUGGAAAAUACCUUGGUGGCCGCCCGGAUUUUUUCCGAUACCAUAAGCUAUUCGGAGGCGAUCGAAAUAACUCAUUGGCCCUGUGCGACUGGUCACAAUUACAACAAAGACGGAGAAACCUGGCAAGACGACAUUGUUCUCCUCGGGAAGCUUCCUAUUUUUCAAAGAUGUCUUUUAUCGGAGUCCUUGAAAUCAAUUACUUACUGAACCAGCUCAAAAAUACUUUACCCGGAAACUCAUUCGAUAUAAAACCUUUAAUUCUUAAAGCCAGCGCCAAUAUGUUUUGUAAAUAUAUGUGUUCAGUUCGGUUUAAUUACAACGAUAAGGAUUUUAAAAAAGUCAUAGAGUAUUUUGAUGAAAUCUUUUGGGAAAUUAACCAAGGAUAUUCCUUCGAUUUUCUACCGUGGCUAACGCCGUUUUAUGAUCAUCACAUAAACAAAAUAGUUCAUUGGUCAACUACUAUACGUAGAUUUAUUUUAGACAGAAUUAUAUGUCGCCGGGAAAAAAAUAUUAAUUUAGAUGAGCCUGACCAAGAUUUUACUGAUGCUCUACUAAAAAGCCUAAGUGAGGACAAAAAUGUGUCGCGUAAUACAAUAAUUUUUAUGUUGGAAGAUUUUAUUGGCGGGCACUCAGCAGUUGGAAAUUUAGUCAUGUUGGCACUGGCAUAUAUUGCUAAAAACCCUACGAUUGGUGAGCAAAUUAAGCAGGAGGUAGAUAUAGUUUCCAACAAGGGCGAAAGAUAUAUAACCCUAUAUGAUAUGAAUGAUAUGCCCUACACUAUGGCAUCGAUCUUAGAGGUUUUGAGAUGUUCAUCGUCUCCCAUUGUUCCUCAUGUGGCAAUGGAAGACACAGUGAUAUCUGGAUUUGGCGUUACUAAAGGCACAAUCGUUUUUGUAAAUACAUUUAUUUUAAAUAUGAACGAAAAGAUCUGGAGCUAUCCCGAUCACUUUGAGCCAGAAAGAUUUUUAGAAAAAUCAUAUAAAAAUCAAAGAAGCGACCCCGAAUUGAAAUACAGCCAAGAUGAAAACAAAAAGAAUUUGUUUCACAAACAGAAAUUUCAGCUUAAAAAAAAUAUUCCACAUUUCCUUCCGUUUAGUGUAGGCAAGCGCACAUGCAUUGGACAAAAUUUGGUCAAAGGAUUUGGGUUUCUAUUACUUGCAAAUAUUAUACAGAAUUAUAAUGUUAAUUGUGUGGACCUAUCAAAAAUAAAGAUAGAAAAAUCGACUGUGGCUUUACCUCCAAAAUGUUUUGAUAUAUUAUUACGACGAAGAACUUAACUUCUUUCAGCAAUUUAAGGUAUAUUGUAUCUAUAAAGUAUGAAUUUUAUAUGAAGGAAACUCACUAAUUAAUACUUUUGCUACUUUGAAACGAACAUAAAAGUUUUUGCACUGUCUAAUAAAUAAUUUAAUGAAAUUAAUUACCAUUAUAAAUUUUAAGGAGACUGAAUUCCUACAGAUAAAUAUACGUUUUUAUAAUAUA